AUGGCAUUAUGGAAAUGGCCCCUCUCAUCUGAGAAAGAAGCAAAGCGACCCAAGUUUGUCGAGUUAAGGUCGUCAAAAUGGUUUAUCAUGUUCGUCGUCGCCUUCGCUACGGGAACGGAUAUCUUCAUGUACGGCCUUAUCGUACCGGUCACGCCAACUGCAUUGAAAGACAGAGUCGGCAUCGCAGAGGGAGAUGUUCAGAGCUGGACGUCGAUUCUUCUCGCCUUGUACUCCGCUGCUUUGUUGGCCUUUGCGCCCGUUGUCGGGUACAUCGCUGAUCGAGCCGAGUCCCGUCGGUGGCCUUUGCUGGUUGGUCUCAUUGCCCUGGCCGCUGCGACAGCCCUACUAUGUGUUGGCACUCAUAUCGGGUUGUGGAUUGUUGGUCGCUUGUUUCAAGGUGCUGCCGCUGCGGUGGUAUGGACGGCCGGCUUGGCACUGAUGGUAGACACUGUCGGGAAAGACGACCUCGGCCAGGCUAUUGGCUAUGUUUCCAUGGCUAUUAGUGUUGGAACACUAGCUGGACCUCUUCUCGGGGGAGUUGUCUAUGAGCAUGGCGGAUAUUAUGCCGUUUUCGGUCUUGCUUUCGCUUUCAUCGCCCUCGAUAUCGUCUUACGAUUGAUGUUGAUCGAGAGAAGACAUGCUAUCAAAUGGCUUUCGCCGGAGAUGACACCGCUCUCGGUACAUGGAACUAAAUACACGGAAAAAAAAUCCGGGGAAACUCUAGACCAUCCCAGGUCGCCGACCAUUGGCUCUGAGCCCCGUGAAUCCCAAACGCCUUCUGCGCCCUCACGGACUGCGUUCGAGCGUGUCGCCAUUCUGUUGAGCUCGCCCCGUCUCGUUGUCUCGGUCUGGGGAUACUUUAUUCUGUCACUUGUCCUGACUUCAUUUGACAGUGUCCUUCCGCUCUUCGUGCAAGAUACAUUCCGGUGGCAGCAAACUGGCCAGGGUUUAGUCUUCAUCCCGCUCAUGGUACCACACCUUCUAGACCCGCUGACGGGGUACAUUAUCGACACUUUCCCCAAAUCAUGUCGUUACAUCACCACAGCAGCAUUCCUCGCUUCCGUUCCGGUUCUGGUGCUUCUACGUUUCGUCACGCAUAACUCGAUGCAGCAGAAGAUCCUCCUAUGUGCUCUCCUUGCUUGUGUUGGACUGUGCGUUGCAGUGGCUAUGCCGCCGCUCAUUGUGGAGGUCUCCCUCGCCGUGCAAGAAAAAGAAGAUGAAACUCCUGAUAUCUUCGGUCGUGGGGGUGCGAUGGCUCUAGCUUUUGGGCUGUCUAAUAUGGGGUUCGCGGCUGGAAGUUUGAUCGGGCCAUUCUUUGCGGGAUUUAUUCGUCAAGAGGCUGGCUGGGGGACGAUGGGAUGGGCAUUAGCAUUGAUAACUGGCAUAUCAUCUAUCCCAGUCCUGCUGUUCGUUGGAGGCUGGAUCUUGGGAAAACCGGCCAAGUCAGAAGAUGAAGUCCAAGUGACGAAUGCCGCACCUGGCCCAUGA